AAGUUAUAUUAUGAAAGUAUAAUAUAUUUAGAACAUAUUAAUUAAUUCUUGAACAUUAUAUAUUUUUAAGCUCAUAUGCCAUUGUAUAAUAUACAUAGUAGUAGGUAUUAACGGUAUCAACGUAUUAUUAUGUCCAUCAAAAAUUCAAAAAGAGAACUAACUACUAACUAACCUACUAGGUAAUAAGUUUCAGAAGUAACAUUCAACAAUUUAUAUCUUGAACCUACUUUAUUUUAUCAAGAAGUCAAUCAAAAAUGUUUUCAAGAAAACAUCUUUUUGCAGAGGUUUUUACUAAGUCAUUAAUUUCAGUUAAUUCUAAUUGUUAUUUUAAAACAUUAAAUCAAGUUAAAAACUAUUCGACUUUUCAUAAGUGGACAUUAGAUUAUUUCAGAAACGAACCUAAUUACAAUAAGUUUGUUUUAAAACAAUCCAUAACUGAAGACAAAAAAUUUCUUUGCAACUCUAUCAAUUUAAAUACAACUCCUACUGAUGAAUUACUUAUGAACUAUUUUUCAUUAAAAAAUGUUUCCAAUAAUGAAAUUGAUAAAGAACUAGCAAAUCGAGUAAAUAAUAUGUCAAUCAAUCAGAUCCUUGCGUUAAUGGAUGUCUGUUUAUCUGGAAAAGCCCAGUUUCACAAAAACUCAAGUUCAUUUAAAAAAUGUAUUGGAUUAAUGGAUGAGUUAUGGUUUCGAAGACCUGACUUAACUACUUCACAAACUAUACAGUUGAUUUAUUAUGUGAGUAUAUACAAAAGUAAAUCAAAACAAGUGGUCGAGUUUGGAUUACAGAAACUAAUGAAUGAAAUUGAUUAUUUGAAAAAAUUAACUGAUGAAGAAUUAAGUGUUAUAGCUGUGGCAACAUACAAAACUAGUGCAAAAGUUUAUGAUAAAAUGCUAAGAAUAUUUGCCUACAGGGUAGAAAGAAACUUGGAUAAUCUCAUACAAAAUCCUUUAAAUUUUGUUUCUAUGAUUAAACCUCUGAAAAAAGCAAAGUAUCAUGACCCUAUAUUAUUAACCCAACUAAUAAAUGCCUUUAGUAGUAAUAAAAAUAACAAAGUCUUAGAAGAUGUGACUAGUAGCAUUCAUCUCCUUACAUACUUUGCAGAUGCAAAUUGUGGUGAAGUAGACUUUUUGCAACAAUUGAUUGAUUCUAUUGGGAAUAUUAUGAUUACAGAUCAUUUAAAACAUUACCGAAUUAAAGAUGUUUCUAACUAUGUUUUUUCAGCCAGUUACUUAGGUCUAGCUCCAAAGAAUCCUGAUGUGUGUAAAAUGAUAAUUAAUUUCUUAGAGGACAUUUUUAACUCUAAAGAUAAAUGUGAAAAAAUGUCCAAAACAUUAAUAGGAAUGUGCUUAUCAAUGUGGAUGUUGAAUUAUAAACCAAUACAAUUGAUGCAGUUUAUGUUUUCUGAAGUACCUGUUGCAGCUUUAAGAAUGCCCAAUGCUCACAAACAAGAUAACAGACUCAAUCUUUUGUUAACAUGUGCUCAUAUUGAACAGCCCGAUUUAAUAAUAGGGCAUCAAUUAAUUAAAGAAACCACUUACUCCAUGCCUGAUCCUUCCAAACAUUUAGCGGAACGUCCAUUCUUGGUAUUGGUGUAUCAAUCCCUGCAGAAAUCAUCUCAUAAAUUGGAUAUAAUGAAUGUAGAAUAUAUUUUCAGUAUACCUUACUUGAGAAUACUAGGAAUUAAAAUUAUAAGAAUGAAUGGUGAAAUCAUUUAUGUAGAAGUUUUGGAUAAUAGUAAUUGUCUUUAUGAUACAUUAAUUCCAAAUGGUAUGAUGAAACUCAAAUUUCGUCUUCAGUCAAAGUUAAAUUUUGUUGUUAUUAAAGUGAACCAUAAAGAAAAUACAUUGCAAAAUCCAAUAAAAUUGAAACACCACUUGGAGUCAUUACUAUCCAACAAAUAAAAAACUUUUUAAAUAUUGAUAGUAAGAUUAGUUGCUUUUCUAAAUUGGUUAUUGUCACAUACAUUCAUAAAUAAAUUAUUAUUAAUCAGGUAAUAAGUAAUUAUAAAUAAAAAAUGAAUUAUUAUUAAUCAUCAGCUAAUAAGUAAUUAUAAAUGAACAAUUACCUUAUGUAAAUUCUGCUAUAAUUUCUGAGUAUUUAUUAACUAAUUUCUGUUGUGAAUAUUAUUUUAAAAAAUAAACUUUUUCCAUAUAUUAAA